AUGCCUGCGUUUAAAAGCCUACUGGUGCUUUCAUAUGCACUCGCCUUGGGCGUCAGAGCUCAAACAUCUGCGACCGCUUCGGCGACCGCCUGUUCGAGUACGAUUGCCCCGAAGAAUGCGGCGCCGAGCGUGGCGAGUGGGUGGAGGGCGGAUGUGGUGGCGAACGGGUUGAGGAGUCCCAGGGGGAUUUUGUUUGACGAGGAGGGGGCCUUGUUAGUCGUGGAGCAAGAGCAUGGGAUCAGUAGGCUGACGCUUACUGGAGACGGGCCGUGUGUGCGGCAGGAUGGGGAUACGCAGGUGGUUAUUGAUGACACAAGUCUCAACCAUGGGAUCGAACUAUCGGAGGACGGGAACACGCUCUACGCUUCUUCACCCGCCGGCGUCUACGCAUGGGACUACGACGCCAGUACCGGAAAGAAUAGUUCAGGUCCGCGAGAAGUUGUCGGCAAUAUGGGCGACGCAGACGGUCAUGUCACUCGCACGUUGCUCCUGUCCCGCAAAGUACCCGGCCUGCUGCUUGUCAGCAGGGGCAGCAUGUCGAAUCUAGACACGGCGGCUCUGGACAUCUCGACAGGCGUGUCAACCAUCAAAGCAUUCAACAUCAGUAACGUGACCGACUCGGCCUACAGCUACCCCGAAGAUGGUAUGCUGCUCGGCUGGGGUCUCCGCAACAGCGUUGGCGUAGCCGAAGAUCCUAUCACAGGCGGCAUCUACUCCGUGGAGAACAGCGUCGAUCAACUGCAACGUGAGGGAACAGACAUCCAUCAGGACAAUCCCGGAGAGGAGAUGAACUUUCACGGCUACCUCAACGGCACACAGACCGAGCAGCAGGGAGGCAACUACGGGUAUCCGUCCUGCUUCGCCGCCUGGGAUACGGGAGUCAUCCCGAGUAAUGAUGGCCUAGAAGUCGGCACGCAGUUUGCGAUCGGUGACCAGAAUGCUACUGUGAAUGAUACGUUUUGCCAGCAGGAUAGGGUGGGCCCGAGAUUGACCUUUUCAGCGCAUAUGGCUCCGUUGGAUAUGAAAUUCAACAGUAACGGCACUGCCGCGUGGGUGUCGUUCCACGGUUCUUGGGACAGAGACGACCCCAUAGGAUACAAGCUCUCCGUCAUCGCCUUCGACGGCAACGGCUCCCCCACAGAGCCCUCGAACAGCAACACCUCUACCAUCGACGUCGUCUCCAACCCGGACCUGUCCCAAUGCCCGGACUCCUGCUUCCGCCCCGUGGGUCUGGCAUGGGACUCUCAGGGCAGGCUGUUCAUGAGCAGUGACGCGACAGGCGAGAUUUAUGUCGUGGUGAGGGAUGAUGGCGGGAGUGCGAAUGAUGCGAAUCCGACGAGUGGGUUGCCGCCAAGCCAAACGGAUGCGGCGCCGAGUCAGAGCUCGACGGGUGCCGCGGUGGCGGUGGGUGGAGAAAUGCUGCUGGGAUGGAAGAGUGUAGGAGAGUUUGCAGUGGCUUGGGCGGGGAUUAUGGCGUUGCCACUAGUAUGA